AUGGAACAGGAAUCGACUAAAAGUCGAAAUGGUUUGGGAGUUGAGCACUGCAUUCCUAAAGGAGCUAUUAUGAGUCAUGAACCAAUACUAGAGGCGACAAUGACAUUAAGCGAUUUUUUUUUGCUAAUCAGUUCGGUCGAUCUCAUGUCCUACACCGAAGCUAUCGCAGCUUCAUAA